AUGCUCUGGAGCCUCCCAAAACGGCUGGAGCUGUUAAACACAAGGGAUAGGGAUUCAAAGUUGAGAGAAUCCUCGAGGAAGAACUUGAUCUUGCCGGAAAUCUCUGCCCUCCACCGCCUCCUCCGCCUUGAACUAUCCACCAACAACCUCCGCGGCCCCAUCCCGCCGCUGCUUGCCAAUCUUACCCGCCUCUACAAAUUUCUCUCUGAUUGCUUGAUUUUGAUGUACGGAUUGAGAACCAUCACCGUCCAGCCCGAGCUCCCUCCCCCCAUCACAGACCGCCACAGCCACCUUGUAGAUACAUAA